AUGAACAAUUCAAGUCUGCACGAAGCCAUCAUCUCUUCGUUUCUAGCGAACCAGCGUCCUCCGACUGUCAGCGAGAUUGCCACCCGUUUCGAAUGCAGUGAGUUGACAGCGCGGAAGGGUCUACAAGCUUUGGCAGACUACCACGGCGUUGUGCUUCAUCCACAUUCCGACGAGGUCUGGGUUGCCCACCCGUUUUCAGCAGCACCCACGACCUGUGUUGUUUCCUCGGGCGAGCGGAAAUGGUGGGGAAACUGCGCCUGGUGCUCGCUUGGGGUGAUGCAGCUCGCUGGCCGCAACGCGACUCUCAAGACAAGGCUUGGUGCUAUCGGCGACGAAGUGUCUGUCACCGUCGAGAACGGGGAGCUGGUCGACAAAGAUUACGUCAUACACUUUCCAAUCCGAAUGAGUAACGCCUGGGACAACGUCAUCUAUACCUGCUCGGUCAUGUUACUCUUCCGCAACGAAGCUGAGGUGGACGAGUGGUGUUCCACUAGGGGUAUCCCUAAAGGAGAUGUGCGGCCAAUUGAGCAAGUUUGGAAUUUUGCUGCCGAAUGGUAUGGACGCCACGCCGACGCGGACUGGACGAAGUGGUCAUUACGCGACGCGGUAGAGAUUUUUCGUCGUCAUAACCUUACUGGUCCAAUUUGGUCGAUUGGGGACAACGCAGAGCGCUUUUGA